AUGACGCGUAUUAGCCCAGCUUCAGUUCUUCCAUCAUUCUUGUCAGACAGUGACACUUUUGGAGCUGCUCGCAUGGCUGGCAGCAGAAUGAAGCUGGAGCUGUCCCGUGUAGUUCAGGGAAGAGGUCGGCUAGGUGUGCUGAAGGAACUUGGCAAGACGGGGCAGUGCUCUCUGGAAGUCCCGGGAUGUCUGCUGCACACACACUUGGGCACAGUGCCCCACCUCACACAGGAAACACGGGGCACCCUGAGCAACCUCCCCUCUGUCACUCAGGUCUCCCUGUCCAAUAUAGCAGAGCACCAGGAAGUAUUGGAGGAGUUCAAGGAUGGAGUCACGAAGUUUGCAGGUCUCCGUGAUACUGUGUUGUACUGCUCGCUUCACGACCCUGCGACUCCGUGCCCAACGGGUUACACCACGAACAAGACGGUGUCCGUGUGGGGCAGCGGUGGGCGGAUAGAGCUGACAGUGGCCAAGUUCAUGGCUCUCCAGAAGACCGUGCAGCCCGACUGGUACCAGAGCAUGGCAGAUGGAGAGACGUGGCUGAACAACACCUCCCGCAAAAGGGUUCGAAAGUCAGUGGAUCGAACUCUUGCCCACUUGGAUGAGUGUCUGUUGGUUCACCAACAAUCACAGGAGUUGGAGGGCGUGGAGGUGUUCGGGGUGGUGGAGGGAGGAGACAUCCUGGAAGAGAGGGUGCGCUCAGGCAGGGAGACAGCCAAGAGGCCAGUGGCUGGAUUCUGCCUGGACGGCCUACAGACGGGCUCAAUGGACCAGGCCCUGAGGACCCAGCUCAUCACUGCUGUGACCAAGGAGCUGCCCGAGGACAAACCCAGACUGCUGCAGGGUGUAGGACGACCGGAUGAGGUGCUGGCAUGUGUGGAGGCCGGUGUGGACCUGUUUGAGAGUUUCUUCCCCUUCCAAGUGACGGAACGAGGCUGUGCUCUUAGCUUCAGCUUCGGCAUCUCCCUGGACCCAGAGCUCGCAGGUAGAGCGCCCCCAGCAGUGCUGGAGCUGGACGAAGCGAGGGUCACGUCGGGAGAGAUGCAACAGAAUGGAGAUUUAAAUCCUGAGGAUCAGUCGCUGAUGACAUCCUUUGAAAUCGAUCUCAAAGACCAGAGAUACAAAGAUGACUUCAGGCCCCUGGUCGAGGGGUGUGUCUGCUACUGCUGUCAGAACCACCAGAGGGCGUACCUGCACCACCUGCUGGUGACCAAUGAGCUGCUGGCUGGAGUAUUGCUCAUGAUCCACAACACAGCCCACUACCAUGCCUUCUUCAGCGCCCUGAGAGAAGCUCUGGCCAACGAUAAACUGGACGUCCUUAAGAGACGCGUACUUGAGAGGGAUUGAUCUGCUUUUCCUCUCAAGGACCACUGGACCGACACGGCCAGACUCAAAGCUUUGCCUGACUACUGCAGAGGCCUUGAGGCCGAGUCCUUCCAUAUGUCCCUGAAGUUACGUCUCAGAAGCACGUUAAAAAGAGGAGGAUGAAAACACAACAACUUAUAUAAAGACGACCAUUUGAUGUGUGUUCCUUGGAUUUGUGUCCUGGUUUCACACCAGGAGGAACUGCCUUAAGCCUCCAUAUUGAUCAGAGCAGAUAGCGAGGAGAAGUCAAGGCAAAGGUGGCUGUGAAGGGAGCUGGCUAGGGAGUCAAGAAGACUGCAUCAAGAGGGAAAUGUAAGGAUGGAUGGCGGUGGACUAUCGACAGUGACUGCAUCACUUUGAGCUUCCUGUUGUGCUCUGACUCUUGACUUUAAUCCUCUGGACUCAUUGACAUAUGACUUAUCUGAAUAUAGCCCAGAGAAUCAAACAGCUAUGGGAGAAAAACAUCUCUGAAGUAGAUCUUUCUUUUCUCUUGUAUAUUAAAAUGUCAUUUGUAUAAAAUGA